GGGCGCGUGCGCGGCCCUGGCCACCGACUCUUCCGCCUCCUCCUCGCGGGGACAAAGGGCAGGCAGGCUGUGUGGGUCUGGACAUCGGCACUUGCGGACUCCAGCCAUGGCCGGGGCUGAAUGGGAGUCGCUGGAGCAGUGCUUGGAGAAGAACCUGCCACUCGCAGACCUGCGGGAGGUCAAACGUAUUCUCUAUGGCAAGGAGACCAGGGAGCUCCACCUGCCCAGUGGGGCUUUUGAAGCUGCCUCCAAAGGGGACUUUGAGCUGCGGGGCUAUGGCUUUGAGGCCGCUGAGGAGCAGCAGAGGCGGCCCCGGAUCGUGCGCGUGGGGCUAGUUCAGAACAGAACCCCCCUCCCCGCCGACACCCCUGUGGUGAAACAGGUCACUGCCCUUCACAGACGCAUCGAGGCCAUCACAGAGGUGGCUGCCACGUGUGGAGUCAACAUCAUCUGUUUCCAGGAAGCAUGGACGAUGCCCUUUGCUUUCUGUACGAGAGAGAGGCUUCCAUGGACGGAGUUUGCCGAGUCGGCAGAGGACGGACCCACCAUCAGAUUCUGCCAGGAGCUGGCGAGGAAGCACGACAUGGUGGUGGUGUCCCCCAUCCUGGAGCGAGACGCAGAGCACGGGGACGUUCUGUGGAACACGGCCGUGGUGAUCUCCAACUCUGGAGCCAUCCUGGGGAAGACCAGGAAGAACCACAUCCCCAGGGUGGGCGACUUCAACGAGUCCACUUACUACAUGGAGGGGAACCUGGGCCACCCCGUGUUCCAGACUCAGUUCGGGAGGAUCGCCGUGAACAUCUGCUAUGGCCGGCACCACCCCCUCAACUGGCUCAUGUACAGCGUCAAUGGGGCCGAGAUCAUCUUCAACCCCUCGGCCACCGUCGGAGCGCUCAGCUGUGGGUGUGAGUCCUGCACACUGCACCCUCCCUGGAGACCUGCAGGAAAGAUGCUCUACAGCUCUCGCUCAUCAACCGUCUGUUUAAUUUCUGAAAAUGUCAUUGACGGCGAGUCCCUGUGGCCCAUCGAGGCCAGAAACGCAGCCAUUGCCAAUCACUGCUUCACCUGUGCCAUCAAUCGCGUGGGAGAGGAGCGCUUCCCGAACGAGUUCACCUCUGGGGACGGGAAGAAAGCUCACCGGGACUUUGGUUACUUUUAUGGCUCGAGCUACGUGGCAGCUCCCGAUGGCAGCCGCACCCCUGGGCUGUCCCGCAACCAGGAUGGGCUGCUGGUCACUGAGCUGGACCUCAACCUCUGCCGGCAGGUGAAUGACAUCUGGGGCUUCAAGAUGACUGGCAGAUACGAGAUGUAUGCACAGGAGCUCGCCGAAGCUGUCAAACCCAGCUACAGCCCCAAUAUUGUGAAAGAGUAGCUGCCUUCAGCCCCUGCGCACCAAGGAGGGCACCUCUGCCCACAGCAGAUCAGACAUGCACGAGGCUUCUGCAUGUCCAAAUUCUCUGCUGAUGCCCUGACAACAUUGCUGUCCAGAUUGGUUUAAAAGUGCCCAGGAGUGAUGGGGGCAUGGCUCAGUGGUAGAGCAUAUGCUUAGCAUGCAUGAGGUCCUGGAUUCAAUCCCCAGUACCUCCAUUAAAAAAUAAAUAAAUUCAGUUAAACUUUAAAAAUUAAAAAAUUUUUUUAAUUUAAAAAUAUUGGGAGGGGUUAUAGCUCAGUGAUAAAGCGCAUGCUUAGCAUGCACGAGGUCCUGGGUUCAAUCCCCAGUACCUCCACUGGGAAAAAAAAUUUUUAAGUGCCCAGAUUGGGAGGGUCAAAUGAGGAGUGAUGGCUGAAUGGGUGCAAGGUUUCCUUCUGGGCGGGUGAUGAAGAUGUUUUGGGGUGAGAUAGAGAUGAUGAUCACACAACAUUGAGGUACUAAAUCCAUGGAAUUGUUUACUUUGAAAUGAUUAACUUUAUGUUACGUGAAUUUAAUUUAAAAAAAAUUUUUUGUUAUGUGGAUUUAAAAAAAUGCAAUUAGAGAAAAUCCCAGGCACCAACCAUGAAGACUGGUUUGAAGUUAGAAGGGUGGGAUGCUUCAGUCCUGGGGGUCUGCUUCUCCAUUUAGACUGUCAGGAACUUGAGGGUACGUGGGGCAGGGCACCGCUGAGGGAGUGCAUGAGCCGGACAGCUGUGGGCAGGGGGACGGUAACUGGAGGAGCCAGCUCGGCCGGGCUGCUGUCCCCAGUUAUUUGAUCAGAUGCUAAUCUGGGGAGGGCUGUGAAGGUAUUUAGUGAUGUGAUUGAAGCCCAUAACCAGCUAACUGAGCAAGUGAGAUUAUCCUAGAUAAUCCACAUCGGCCUGAUUCAACCAUGAAAGGCCCUCAGAGCAGAUCCGGGGUCCCCGGAUGAAGGAGUAAUUCUGCAUGUGGACGGCAGCCUCAGCCCGUGCCUGAGUGCCAGGCACCCCAUCCUGACGGCCUGCCCUCCGGACUUCAGGGUGGUCUGCCCAGCACCCACAAUCAGGUAAAGCAAUUCCUUGCAAUGAAUCCCAUAAUCUCUCUCCUACCAUUUGUGCUUCUCUGCUGGACCCUGACUGAUGCAGCUUCCGGUCCUGGAACUGGUUCUAGAGGAAAAGAAUCUCGAGGAGUUCUCUGCAUUGGUUCUAGGUUUUCUGGAAUUCUUCCGUAAUUUGAUUGGAUUUAAAGGCACAAUGACGAUUCCUAGUGGUAAAGAGGGGAGUGGUGGUCCAUGGUAUGAUGUGGUAACAGAUGUUCAAAUAUAGGCCAGCUACCAGCCUGCCCUUCCUGUGGAUUUAGGGCUUAACUAACCAGCCCCAAUCAUCAUGUGAGGCACUUCUCACUAAUUCUCUUUUUUUUUAAUUUUUAAAAAUUAUUUUUAUUUAUUCAUUUUAUGGGAGGAGUGAUAAUUAGGUUUAUUCAUUUAUUUUAAUGGAGGCUUUGGGGACUGAACCCAGGACCUCGUGCAUGCUAAGCAUGUGCUCUACCACUGAGCUGUACCCUCCCCCCUUCACUAAUUCUCUUUAUACCUCUCUCCCUCCCCCCAUAUACAUAUAUACGCACAUGCAUACGUAUACAUACACGUGCAUACAUAUGUAUAGUAUAUACAUGCAUAAAUUCCAUAUGUGUAUGUCCUCUACUGAUUGUGCUUUCUGGUCGGCCCUGCCUGCCUGUCUAAUAUAGCAGGUUACUCACCUCUCUGCACCUUGGUUUCCAUAUCUGUAAAAUGCGACCAUAUCUCCUAUCUCACUUUAUGUCACAGAGCGGGGAGAGUGACAGACUAGCUGGGCCAGGAGCCCCUUGGCAGUUGUCAGUGAAGUGCCUGCCUGGGUUCUGUUCCUCGGACCACACAGCAAGAGUCCAACCGGUGAAGCCUCUACCCCCUGCAGGUGACCAGCAUGUCCAAGGUCGGGGUGGGGGCCUCUGGUCCCACCUUUACUGUUCUGGGUCAGAGAAGGAAGCCUCUUCCCUCCCCUGACCCAGUAGCUGAAUUGCAUGAACGACCUCAUGUCAGGGCCGGGGUGCUCCUGGACAGCCACCUGGGGUGAGGAAACCAGUUAUGCCUGGCCAUAACUCUGUGUUAACCCCUUUCACCUCUCUGAGCUGCAGGUUUUCACAUCUCCUCAUGGCCCCCUUUGUACUUUUUCAUCAAAUCCAGUCCCUCAGACACAGUGAGCUUUUCUGUCUACCCUCCGACUCCAGAACCUUUGUGCUUGUGGUUUCUAGAAGGAGCAUGUGGAUAACCUAACACAGAGGCCAGCUUGGGUGACAAGCUGGUGCAUUUAUGAAAUAGGUACUAAUGUACCAGAAGAGUGAGGUUUGAUUAUCCACACCUCUUGCUGCCUGGAAAGAAAAUCAUCAGGCCUGUCUCAGAGUAGGUAGUCCCUGCACAGAUGGAGUCAUUUGAAGGUUUAACUCAUGCCUGGAGGGUGUAGAUGCUUAGCAAAAAUUUGUUGGAUGAACCCGGGGUGGAAGUUUCUAUUUUGUGUGAUCGUUGCUGGUUCCACAGGGGAAAAGUAUCUAUGUUGUGUAUGGGGCCUGUGGCCCUUCAGUGAAGUCUUCUGACCCCUCUGAGCCUUCUCACAUCUAAGGUGACAGGUGGCUGGAUUCAGGGCUGUCCAGUUCUGCAGGUAGCACCACUGCUGGCUUAUGGGUUUACUGCUAGCAUCUGGGGGGUGUUGGGGGGGGGGUUGCCAAGCCACAGUGUGCCCAAUGGGAAAAAGGGCAAGGGCAUUCUCCAGGAUAGACCAUAUAUUAGGCCAGAAAACCAGCCUUAAUACAUUUUAAAAUGUUGAAAUCAUACAAAUUAUCUUUUCCAAUUACAGUGGAAUUAAACUAGAAAUCAGUAACAGAAGGAAGACUCAAAAAUAAGGUGAAGAUAAAUCACACAUUCUUAAACAAUCAACAGGUCCAAAAAAUCACAAAGGAGAUUAGAAAAUAUCUUGAGACAAAAACGAAACCAAAACUUAUAGGAUGCAGCAAAAGCAGUGCAAGAGGGAAAUUUAUAGCUGUAAACAUUUACUUUAAAAAGGAAGAUCUCAAAUCAGCAACUGAAUUUUACUAGAAGUAGAAAAGGAACUGGAAAAUGAAGAGCAAACUAAAUGCAAGGCUAACAGUGAGAGGGAAAUAAUAAAGAUUAGAGCAGAGAUAAAACAGAGACUAGAAAAACAGAGAGAAAAAUAAACUGAAAGUUCGUUCUUCAAAAAGAUCAGCAAAGUUGGCAAAUCUUUAGCUAAGGUUGACUAAGAAGAAAGGAAGAGCCAAAUUACUAAAAUCAGAAAUGAAAGUGGGGACAUUACUACUGAUGCUAUAGAAAUAAAGAGGAUUAUAAGAUGGAAGUAGGAAUGAUUUGUUGGAGGAGUCAUAAAAAGGAUGUGACCACUUGACCUGUGAGCUGGACCCAGGCAAUUGGAGGCUCUCACCCCCUCCCUGUCCUUGGACUAUCCUCUGUGCCCACUUUUCCUACACUAAGAGCUACUUCACUGAUGCAGCCUUGAAAGAGAAAUGUGUUAUUGAGACUAUCUGGACUGUAUCUGUGACUGAACCACAUAAAGGUCUCUGUAUAAACUCUUGAGAUUCUGCUGGGCAGGUGCAGAGAUCUACUUGUCUUGCAGCUUCAUGUGUGAAUUCCCCUGCCCAUUAAAACUGCCACCUGCCAA